UAAAUGUCCUAUCUCACCAUAGCCUGCUCCUUCUUAACUUACACCGCUUGAUACUCCUGGUUUGUUUUGCAUCAUGAGUCCUGGCAUUCAACGGUCGGACGGAAAGGCAAAGCGCUCUUUAGAUGGGAGUGUUGAUCACAGUUUGGGAAGGGGCGUUGAGGGACAGGGGCCACCGCCACUGAAGAAUUACAUUUUUCUGACUAUUUUCACCUGCUUUUGCCCUGCAUGGCCUAUUAACAUUGUGGCAUUGGUUUUUUCUUUGAUGUCUCAGAGCAGUUAUGAUGCAGAUGACUAUGAAGGAGCUCAGCGGCUGGGAAGAAAAGCUCUUCACAUGGGAAUCGCUUCAUUCGUCAUUGGCCUCCUGAUCAUUAUGGUCUACUGUAUUGUACACGUCACCACGAAUGCAAUCUGAUCGUGAAGAGAUGACAGCUGGAAAAUUACACUGUAAAUUGGUGGCGAUCAGUUCCAGUGAACACAAGAGGACACUGUGAGCUAAACCCAGAACGUGGUUUCACUGGGGUUGCGCCAUGUGCUUGAACCCUCCUGGAUUUAUAAGUAAUCAACAUUUUGAAAUGGAAUGUAUAAAAGGGUCCGAUUUGCUAAAAGCAUGGCCAAAAGGAGUCUGAAAUACAGAAACUCAUUUAAUAUUCAUACCAUCGCGAAAAUAUUUCAGUGAUGUCAUUUAGCUUUGCAGGCAGCACGAUUGCAAGCCUGCAUGUUGAAUAUAAUGUCACCUCACAUCUUGUAAAUGUGUAUAGAGGUGUAAAUUAUGUUUGUCCUGAAGCAUACUAAAAGAAUGCUUUCUCCCAGCUGAUGCUUUAAAAAACAACAACAACAAAAAAAAAAAAAAAAAAACUAUUUUGUAUGUAUGAAUGUAAAAAUAAGUUUGACUGCAUUUUUUUUAAAGAGAAAAAUAAAAAUGUCUGGAAUGACU